AUGCCGGAAAAGAGAACCCAGAACCCCUUUGAGGAUCUUGAUCACCAAGAGGCCUCUGGUCAACGAACCGCACCUCCUGAUGAGGAACUUCCGCAAUAUACACCCCCUUCGGACGCCCGACAUGCCCCUCUACAGGGUAAAAUAAGAGAAACCCCAACGCCUGCCAGUGAAGCCUCUAGAGAACUCGAACCUAGCGGGCCUUCAGGGCAUAAUUCCCCUCAGCCUCCUAGUCAAGGAGGCUACUAUCCACCGGGUGAACCUUACCCGCCGCAACAACAACCACAAUAUGGCUACCCACCACCCGGGCCCCAAUACCCUCAGCAAGGUGCACCACAGUAUGGUCAAUAUGGCCCCGCUCAGGGUGAACCUUACCCGCCGCAACAGGGUCCGCCGUAUGGCUACCCACCCGGACCCGGAGGAUAUCCCCAUCAGGAUGGGAUGCAACAAUAUGGCGGCUAUCCUCCAGCUGGGCCAGGAGAUAUGUACCCACCACAAGGAGGAAUGCCGGGUAUGAUGCCAGGUAUGAUGCCGGUAGAUCCAUCAAUGUUGAACCCCAACCGUCCGGUCGCAAUUCCCCAGGUCGGCAUGGAGAAGGAGUCGCCGUUUUUGCGUGCUUACGCUCCAUACCUGAUGAAGUACCGUGUGCCCAAGGAAAUGUUCCUAGCAUUCCUCGAUAAGCUCAACGCCGCGAUGAAGAGCAGUCCGCCGAUGCAAGUGCUUGACUUGACUGGCGGUGUUCUCCAGAGUGUACCUAUCUUGUUUCCUCUCCACUGGCUGGGCUCUAUAGUCAGCGGUGCCGCAAACAAGGGAAGCCAAGGGCUUACAAAAAGUCGCGCGGACUCCGUUGUUAAACAGGCGAAUAAGGAAAUGUUUGGUCCGCUCGGAUUGAAGGUUGAAAUUGCUCGCUUGAAGGCUCUUGCUCGGGUGGCCAAAAUUCCUAUCCUCGACUCCGACGGCAGAGUCAACACCAAGGCACCUGUCAUUCAACAGCUCGGUGAAUUCACUCUGCAUGGAACAGAGGUUGAAGAUGAGGCCAACUUCCAGCGACAGCGAGUCGAAUUGUUCCGUCCCUGGAUUGCUGAUCUGGAGAUUGAUUCUGACAAUCCUCUCAAGAAGAACAAGUCUAGAUUGACAAGGUACAAUAAGUCAGUGAAGAAUUAUUACGAAGGGGCCAGGGAUUUAGCCAAGACUGACCCUGAUCUCUACAAAUCGCUCUGGCUUGUCAUUCGAGAGAUUGAUUCUACAAACCCCAACUAG